AUGGGUAAGCGAGCAUCUGAGGGCAAGGCAAGUGGCAAGGCCAAGACGCCGACUCAGCCAUCCGGCAAAGCAGCUGCUGCCCUGAAGGCGAAAGCAGCACAAGAAGACACGCAACAGCGAGAAGUGCUGCAAGCUUUGGUGGUUGCAGAGCUCUUUCCGAGCGCAGGCAGGGAGCAUGCAUGGGGGCCCAUCAUCUCUCAGGCUCAAGAAGACGACUUUGGAUCCGAUGGUGAGACUGAGCAGGCCAUUGCGUCGACGAGCCAGGGAGAGAGACCGUUUUGCUUGUUGCCGUUCCUCAAUCGACCUCUGCUGGCUUGGUCACUCGAGUCACUCUCCUCGUCUGGCUUCGAGAAAGCCACUGUCCUCGUCAACAGUGAGCACCAUGAUGCUGUUCUUGCCUGGCUCAGGACGACGAGCUACUACGAAAGAUCAACCAGCCAGGCUCAAGACGAGUCAGACGAUGCGGAUCUGACGACUACCUUUGCAGGCGAGGCAGGCGGCAUGGUCGUCAUCCUACAGAAGACACAGAACGCUACAACGCUCGGCGAACUCAUGCGCGAGGUAGACGGCGCAGUCACGCUCGAGUCUGACUUUCUGCUUCUCAAUGUCGGCUACAUUGGCAAUAUCCACCUUGGACACGUACUGCAAGAGUUCAGCAAGAAGCGUCGAAGCAAUCCUUCGCUCGUCAUGGAGUCUGUUGUCUCUGAUGCCUGUUUGACCCGACCGAAAGACGCGACCCUCUAUGCGGUAUCCGAUCAAGGCCUCGUACUCCACUAUGACUCACAGCCACUGUACCCCAUCAACCGCCGUCUGCAGUUUCCGGCGCAUCUCAUGUCUGCAGAUCCAGCAGGUAUUGAUUUGCGAAUCCGUACCGACCUCGAGUGGACCGGUAUCGAGCUCUGUACUGCCGAAGUACCACCGCUCUACACAGAAAACUUUGAUUACGCUACUCGGGCAGAUUUCAUCAACGGUAUCAUCACCUCUGACAUACUCGGCAAGCAGAUCGGUUGCCUCGUCGUUGACGAUGCCUCACAGGCUCCAAUGAACGAUCCGGCUCCGAUACUGCAUGCUGGUCAGGCGCGUAUAAGGCAGAGCGCGAUCAGAAUAGAAGACACUCACUCGUAUGAUGUUGCGUCCCGCGCAAUGCUGGCACGCUGCUUCUAUCCCUCAUGUCCAGAUGAAAUCUAUCCGCUCCAGAGACUGUCAGAGGCUGGCGAUCGAUACGAAGAGCAGUACGAGCUAAGGCGGAGUAACGUAUAUCUCUCCCGCGAAGGCCAUCAACUCGCUCGGACGGCCCAGAUCGGCCCGAUCGCGCUCAUUGGACCGGAGUGUCUCCUCGAAUCCUCCUCGAUCGUCUCACAGUCUGUCUUGGGCAGACGAUGUCGCAUCGGCGCCGAGUCUUCCGUACAAGGCUCUUAUCUUUUCGAUGGAUGCCAGAUAGCAGAGGGCUGCGUCAUCCGAGACAGCAUACUCGGCGUUGGCUGUGUCGUCCUGGCAGGCAGCAUCAUCGAGCACGGCAGUUUGAUAGGCCCAGGUUCGGUCAUUGGUCGCAAAGCCCGCUUAACAGGUCAUCGCAUCGCGGCGCAGAGAUGGGCAGAAUUCGAUCUUAAUCCAACCUCUGAUGAUAUCGACUUGUUGGGUAAGGGCGCCACGGCUUUCAUCUGGCCCAGCGAGGAAGUCAUCCAACAGGUAUCAGCAGAGGAGGAGGAGGACGAGGAUCUUCUCGAUGUGCGCAACUUGCGGAUAUCGAAGCUAGGCGUGCAAGACAUCGAUGAUCUGGACUGCGACUCAUCUGCAUCGAGCCUGUCUCGCUCAUCAUCGAGCGAUUCGUUAGACGCCCUGUCAGUCACCUCCAAUGCAGCAGACGGACCACGUAUCGGUAACAUUGCCUCGCUCGACCCAACGGCAGCAGCUCAGAGCGCUUUCGCCUCUGAAUGCACGCAAACAUUACAACGAGCGUACGCUGAGAAUCUCAAACCGAGUGAUACUGCUCUCGAACUCACCACGCUCCGCAUGGCCUCCAAUGUGACCCUUGGACGAGUCAGACAGGUGGCCGUGCCAUUCAUCUGCUCACAGAGCACGCCGCCUGCUUCUGUCAGUACAUCAGCAGCCAUUCGCCAACAUCUGACGCUCUACUUCGAUCGGUGGAGCCAAGUCGUCACGAGCAUUACCGGUCCACAGACAGAAGAACAAGUCGAUACGCUCCUGCUGCUCCAAAAGUUCUGCAUUGAAAGUGUGCAGCAUGCACGCUACUUCUCUGUGCUUUUGCAGAUCUUCUAUGACGAUGACAUCGUCACAGAGGCUGCGAUUGGUCGAUGGACAGAAGGCGCUCGCUUUGCUUCCGUUGGUGGUGAAGCAGGCGAUAGGACUCGUCAGAUCGGACAGGCUUACGCCGCUGCACUCGCCGAGGCAGAAGAAGAGACGGACAGUAAACAGGUGACCGACGCGCGACGCUCCUCAACUCGACUGAGAACGGCUUUGGCGCGAUGGGCGUCCGGAGGUGGUAUCAGCGACAUAUUUCACCGUCCGUCCCAUCAAGCAAGUGAGGUCGCAGCGUACCUAUCCGGCCCUGGCGUGCAAGUUCCGUCCUCGAUUCGAUUCAACCACACCAACCUUGGGUAUCCCGAUGUAUCUGGUCAGGGCACUGGCAGUGCGACUUGGGCGCUCGGCGGGGCCUACACGUUCGCAGGUGGUACGAGCUCUGCAGUGCCAACUCUAGCGGGACUGAUUGCGCUUCUCAACGACGCGCUGGAGGCCGAAGGUCGGCCGUCAAUGGGCUUUUUAAAUCCUUGGCAGUAUCAUCAUGCGAAUGUCUGUAGAGACAUGAAGGUCGGAAAGAGCUACGGCUGCGGCAAAGACGGCAAUGCCGCUUCCCUUGACGCGGUACCUGGCUUCGAUCUGGCAAGCGGUCUGGGCACGGUUGACUUUCCAGCUUUGCUCGCCGAAGGUCUCAAGACUGGCCCACGCAAAGCGUAG